CGGUUUUUGCUUUAGCUAAUUUUUAUUUGACAUGCAAUUCUAUUUUUUCUUCAGAGACAAUUACGAAUGCAAGGACACAAUUAUAACUGACGUAGCAUCUAGUAGUAAGCGUUCAGCUGAUUAAAUAAAAAGAACAUUCAAUACUGAUAUAUAUUUCUGACUAGACAAAGAAGUAUGCGUAUCACCUUGUAUAAAGUUUUGACUCGUAAUUCUCACUUUUCAUGGAUGGCAAAGCAUAGCAUAUAGCCAAAUACUGCUUUGUUGCUUCACAGUUUAAAGCUUACUGACAAGCCCCAGCUGGAAAAGACUUUUGGUGAUCGGGACGCUGAAGCUAAAGCUUCUUGUGGGUGGCUACUCCGAAAUGAGGAUACCCACAACAUAAAAUAGAGAGCUGUGAGAUCGUAUCCAGGCACCAGCGAGUUGUGUUAGUAGUCGGUAUCGAAACAAAGGCGUAGAAGAUUUAGCAUCUUGUUAAAGUCACUGAAUGCUGGAAGUUCGACUUCGAUAUCAAGGAUGACUUUCCCAGCGCCCGAGAAUCUAUGUCAAACCAUGUCUUCUCCAACAAGUCUCUCCUACUUCACGGCAUUCUUUUCAAUUUUUCUAGCUCUGGUAACUGUGCCAGGUAACUUCCUCGUUUGUCUUGCUAUUAUAAAGGACCCUUUCCGAAAUUUAAAAACGCCAUUCAACUAUUUCCUACUGAGUUUAACCGCGACCGACUUAGUGGUGGGAGCAAUCAUGGACCCGUUCGCAGCCGCGUUUCAUCUUUAUGAAGCACUAGAAAUAAACGUCUUGGAUAUCAAAAUUCUGCAUAUUUUAUAUUUCAUCUCAACCACAGCGUCUAUUUUAACACUUGCUGGGCUAACAGUGGACAGAUACGUCGCCGUAACAUUGCCAAUGAAGUAUAAGACAAUGGUAACUUCCAAACGCGCCAUUGUGACAUCGGUGUUAAUUUGGAUAGCAGCGCUGGGCUUCUCCUUCAUCUACUUCAAACUUGGCUUUAUAAUCUAUUUGUUUAUCUUUGUAAACACCGCUGUGUUCAGCACAUUUGCUGUUCUUAUCUUUGUUCAUGUAGGUAUCCUUAAACGUCUCCGUAAGCGUUCAAAAUUUUGGCAAGUUCAAGGGGAAAUUAAACGUACGGAAUCUGAAAAACAAAAGACCCGAAACAAGCAUAUUAGCAUGAAGAAGGAAAGCAAGACAGCCAAGGCACUGAUGAUCGUCCUUCUCGCCUUUUUCGCUUCAUUCAUUCCCGCCUGUGUUAUGAUCUACUUGUUAAAUUUUUGUGCACAUUGCAGCUGUUUGAUGGUCCAUUGGUUAAGGGAUUUAGAGAUUUUAGUCGUGCUGUGUAACUCGGGUGUUAACCCGUAUUUGUACGCUUGGAGGUUUCCUCAGUUCAAAAGAGCUUUUUACAAAUUUCUUCACUUAAAGUCGAAUGGAUUGAACGACGGUCCUGUAUGUACUUACACAUCCGCGCGCAAGCCGCAGAAAGUGGUGAGAUCCAACCCCACAAAGUCGGACUGAAGAUCAACAACCAUACAACGUUUCAUAGGUGUCUUUCGAUAGUUGCGCCCUCUAUGAAUACUCACGAUUGACUUGCCCGUGUAUUUACGCGUAUAUGUCGUUUCAGACAAUAGUCUCAAGAAAGCAUUUAUCAUUAAUUAGUAGUAAAAUGUAUUAUCUGAGAAAUUACAAUUUUAUUUCAGUCAACUCACCGUGCUGAAAAUAUAUCGUAGACGAAGAGUUUAAGACUUUAGACAUAAACCUGUCAAUAUUUAUUAUCAGCCUCUACGUUAGCAUAUACAGGUCAUACAGCUACACGCUCCGUCAAAUUGUGAAGGUAUUUGAUAUACACGCUGUAUUUGAUAACUGGGAGAAUGUGUCAGUUAAAUCGAGUGGCGCUACACGUUAAAUUUCCAAAAUUCAUUCCUAUCCUGUUUAUCUGGUUCUACCGUUCAAAUCUGAUUGCUCCCUACCUGGUUCUUAUAUUCUGCCAUCACUGCUUUAACAUAGCUUAAAACGCCCAAAGAAUGUGGUAAAACGCAACCGUCUUGUAAAACAUUCUCAAUGGUUUCUGUGAGUGCUGUUGAAAGCUGACUUUGUAAUCGUCUUGGCACCAUCAUUUAGUACAGAAACUAUGCCAGUUUUGUCUCAAUCCACAAAGAACAAGCUUGAAGCCGCUUCUAUUAUUUGAACUUUGAUAUGGGCUAAAAUUUGGAUUCAAGUUACUGAGCCUCAGUGACAAAGGAAUUUUGAAGAGGAGAGGGCCGGCUUUUUGCUGUUGUAGCGAAAUAAUAUUAUGCAAGUUUACUGUAAUCUGGGAACUUUCAGGAAAUUAUACAUAUUGUAGAUUUUAGUCGUAGUUUUUUUAUGUAAAUGUAUGGUAAUUCUAAUAGCAAGGAGGACGGCCACUAGUCAUCAAUACUUUUAGUCAGUGUCAAGUGUUCCCUUUGUAAAUAAAGACUUUAAAUUAU